GUUUGCUGAUCGGGUUGGGUUCAAUAAAUUGGUCCUGACCCAUCGCUUGCGCCUUUUUCUACAAAUUGAGGCAUUUCAGCUUGAUCACACAGCUAUCAGUCACGAUGAUCGAAACCCAGGUCGAGAUUGCUGCUCCACCUUCCAAAGUGCGCGAAGUGCUCUUAGACUUUUCAAGAUACUCUGAGUGGCACACAUCUAUCUUUCACCUUCUCGAAGCUGGGGAUAGCACUAAGACCCUGGAGACCUUAGAGCCGGGCGAUGUCAUACGUUGUGACGUAGAUGGCAUGAAGUUCGACGCUGAGAUCACUGAGAAUUCCGAGAACCUAUUCCAGUGGCAGGGUCCCCCGGUGGCUGGCUUGGUUGCUGGGCUGCAUAGCUUCCAUAUGCUUUCUACAAAGGACGGGUCGGCGACGAUACUCAAGCAAACGGAAGAGUUUACUGGUGCACUUGCAUUUCUGAUGGGUCCCUCGUUGUUGGGCAGGAAGUUGAUGGGGCAGUAUAGGAGAUUCAAUGCGGAUCUCAAGCGCAGGGUUGAGGAGCUCUAAUCGAAAGCCCAAUCUGCGACGGGGGGCAUAUAGCACUUGAAUAACUACAGUUCAAUGGCUCUCGAAGGAGAAG